AGCCGGGGAGGCCGUAGGCUCGGGCUGCAGCCUGGCAGCCUCAGUCCCCCUCCCUCCACCAUUUCCCCCUACUCCCUCCCUCUCCUGCACCCCCUCCCCCCGGUUAUUUGGGAGAUUAGAGUUCAUUAAUUAAAUCCUGUGCUUAGAUCGAACUGUAACAUUAUUCCAAUCACAUUUAUCUUGCAGGCGGCGGCGGAGAUGGCAGCCUCGCUGGAAACGCGCGGGGGAGCCUGAGCCGGCGGCCGGGGACGCACGGCGCUGCGCGCUCCUUCGCCACGCCGCCACGCAGCCCCUCCAUCUUCCUCUCGGCACCCGGCCCCGCGCGCCCUUGCCUAGGGGGUCCUGCUGCUCUCCGGGGCUCCUGCCGGCCCCAACCCCCGGCCCCUGUCACCUCCCCCUACCCCCGCCCGGGUCCCCCUCCUUCGCCACACGCGCGCGCUCUCUCUCUCUCUCACACACACACACACACACACACACACACACACACACACGCCAGCGAGCUGCUGGCCGCUCAAUGGACCGAUUUCCCCGGUUUCCCUGAACCCAGCCCAGCCCGGGAUGAGAAAUUGCAAAAUGGCCCGGGUCGCCAGUGUGCUGGGACUGGUCAUGCUCAGCGUCGCCCUGCUGAUUUUAUCGCUCAUCAGCUACGUGUCCCUGAAAAAGGAGAACAUCUUCACCACUCCCAAGUACGCCAGCCCGGGGGCGCCCCGAAUGUACAUGUUCCACGCGGGAUUCCGGUCACAAUUUGCGCUGAAGUUUCUAGACCCGUCAUUUGUGCCCAUUACGAAUUCUCUCACCCAGGAACUCCAAGAGAAACCUUCUAAGUGGACAUUUAAUCGGACAGCGUUUUUACAUCAAAGGCAAGAAAUUCUUCAGCAUGUCGAUGUAAUAAAAAAUUUUUCUUUGACCAAGAAUAGUGUUCGGAUUGGACAACUGAUGCACUAUGAUUAUUCCAGCCAUAAAUAUGUUUUCUCUAUUAGCAAUAACUUCCGGUCACUGCUUCCAGAUGUGUCACCCAUUAUGAACAAGCAUUAUAAUAUUUGUGCUGUGGUUGGAAAUAGUGGGAUCCUGACAGGGAGCCAGUGUGGACAAGAAAUAGAUAAAUCAGAUUUUGUUUUCCGUUGCAAUUUCGCCCCUACGGAGGCUUUCCAAAGAGAUGUUGGAAGAAAAACCAAUCUUACCACCUUCAACCCCAGCAUCCUGGAAAAAUAUUACAACAAUCUCUUGACUAUUCAGGACCGUAACAACUUUUUCCUCAGUUUAAAAAAGCUUGACGGGGCCAUUCUUUGGAUCCCUGCAUUUUUCUUCCACACUUCAGCAACUGUGACCAGGACAUUAGUUGACUUUUUUGUUGAACACAGAGGUCAGUUAAAAGUCCAACUGGCUUGGCCGGGAAAUAUAAUGCAACAUGUCAACAGGUACUGGAAAAACAAACAUUUGUCACCUAAACGGCUGAGCACAGGUAUUCUUAUGUACACCCUUGCAUCAGCAAUAUGUGAAGAGAUCCACUUGUAUGGAUUUUGGCCUUUUGGAUUUGACCCCAACACAAGGGAAGAUCUUCCAUACCAUUACUAUGACAAAAAAGGAACCAAAUUUACCACCAAGUGGCAGGAGUCCCACCAGCUGCCUGCUGAGUUUCAGCUGCUGUACCGAAUGCAUGGGGAAGGGCUCACCAAGCUGACUCUGUCACACUGUGCCUAAGAACUCCGAACGGAAAGUGCCAAAUGGCUGUUUAAAAAGUGCCCCAAAUCAAAUUGAAUAGUCUUCAGAAUAGAACCCUAGAGAAUGUCUUAUAAGGAUUGUCUGCCAUUUAAAAGGAAAGAUGUCUUUUCUCUUUUGCACUGCUCUUUUAAGAGUUUUAGCAGAUUUAGCAGGACAGAUGCAUUGAAGCCACAUGGUUUAGACUUGAUUGAUAAAGGGAAUGUUGCAUUUGGGACUAUGCUGCUAACGAAAUGGUUUGAAGUAUUUUCAUGUUUGGAUUUUAAUAAUAAACUGCCUCUCAUUUUUAUGAGGACUAGAGCUAUAGUUUCUGCAGCUCUGCUCAGAUAGUCCUCAUAAUCAGAGGCCUCUGGCCAACUGGGGCAGGACCUGUUUUGCUGGUGGGAUCAGACUCUGAAAAAUGGAAACGUAAAAAACUGGUUUGCAUAUCUCAUCUUCUAUCUAUCUCCCUAUCUCUAUCUCUAUCACCAUCUCACUCCCUCCCUCUGCAACUACUCCCUGCCCUACCACCGUGGAGUUUAAUAAUUUGCUAGAAAUCUUAUUGAAUUCGCUUUGCUUGUAUGUGUUGCAUUUGUACUUGAUGUGUUUAAGGUUCUGGGUAACUUUGAUGCUUCAUGACAAAAUAAGCAAAUCACGAUGGACUCCCUUGUGAUUCCUUUUUUAAAGAAAUGCCUCUGAUGCAGUCCUCACCAGUCCGUUCAGUCAUUCUACAGCAGGAUGGUCCCUCUGUGGUGAGUGGGAUAUAAGGCAGUGCAUCUUUCAUGAUCACAAAGAAAGCCUAUGUUGUGGAUAGCAUUGCGUCUCUUGAUGUAAGCAUUGUUAUGGCAAAUAAUAGCACUGUGGCCACAUCUGUAAGGCCAUUCCAGCCUACGUUUAGUGUCUCCCAUAAUCCCAACCCAUGCACUGGGCUGGGUGUUCUCUCAGAAUGUAGAGGCAAUGAAUCAUCUUAAGACCCUGGGACACACAAAGGAAAAGGAAGAAGAAUAUUUAGAAGUUGAUAUGGAAUCCUGUGUACCCUAAAGUGUGGUAACCGUGUUACCCAUUCCAGCUGGGUUAAAGUGGAGGAGGAUCUUGGCCAGGCCAGGCGCCCAGGUGACUAGUGCUGAGGUGCAGUCAUUUUCCGUAUCAUUGUGUGCACCACCACCAAUCCAGAACCAUUUGUUCUCUUUGAGAACAUUGUAGCACUGGAUAUUCCCUCUUUCCACUGAAGUCAGAUCUAUACAACUACAAAUUAAGCAUUUCAAAAGAAAAAGCCAUUGUGCAGUGGCAAGAGUUGGAAUCCAAGAUUAUGUAGACCUGCGAUGAAGGAAGUAGCUGGCCAUUCUCAUUUUCUUUAUUUCAGCCAUAUGAGUAGAAAUCAAAUCAUUCCCAUCCCUGGCUUUUUACUGAGCAGCACUUUGUUCUUCCAAUUCAGCCCAAAGUCUGGCCAAGUUGAUGUUAAAUUUUAAUAAGAGUUUCUUUCUUCUUUCCAAAUGCCAGUCAAGCAUAUUUGUUAUGCAUUUGAGUGGGGUAGCUCAUUCUUUUCCUGAAAUCUCAUCUAGAUUGCUUGCAAUGUGACAAAUAACUCUUUUAAAAUGUGCUGUAGUUCAGUGAUGAGCUCAUUGCCCCUCUUUAGGAAGGUAAGAUCAUGCCUAAAAUUAAACCAAAUAUGGUAAGGAAAGACACUAUCAUUAUGCUCACAUUCUGCCUGGUCCUAAACCUGCCUUAUUAUUCUUUUCAGAAAGCAAUCUAAUUAGAGCAACUUUCAUAGUAGAUCUAGAUAUUAACUAAUGAAAGGAACACCAGGUUCAAAUGUGUUACCAAUUAUGACACACAUUAUAAUAUAAUUAUAAGGGGAGACAUUAAAAACAUUUUGUAAUUCAGUGGUAUAAUUUGAUGGGUAUCACAACCACACCGUGUUUGUUCCCUGUCCCUUUGAAGAGGACUGUACUACCAUCCUCACACUGUGUUCUGUUGGGAUCACUGAGAGAUUGACAACUGACGGAAGUGUUUAGUUGGCUGUUCCUGAGCACUUAGUUCAUUUGGUUAUAGCUAAGUGAUAUUAAUGCCAAUACUACUUGGGCCAGAUUCUGACUCGAGUUUUAAUCCCAAUGUCCCCAUUCGUUUUCACUAAAUAUAAAUGCAUAGACACUUUAAACCAAGAAGGUUAAAAGAGGAAAAGACCAGAAUCUCUAAAAAACAGUUUAUUGUUCUGUAGUGGACAAUUUAAAUUUUAUCUCAUCAUAAUGCCAAGGAUUUUUGUUUAAGUUCAGGGAGAUUCUUGAAAUCUCAUUGCAGUCUUGGUUCCAUCUUAACCUUAGAGUAGGAGGACUUUCCCAUCCCCCACCACCGUGUUAUCAAUCACUUUAAUGAAAACUCAAAAUAGUGAGGAAAUGGACUUUUCUUCAGAACUUGAGGGGUUUAGAGAUCAGGCUCAUCUCUGCUUAUAAGGAGGACUUCCUGGAGAUGAUCCCAAUAGAUGACCCUUCACUUUUGAAGAAUAGUAGCUUCUAGCUGACCAUACAAAAUCUCUGUUUGUUUUUAAAGACUGUUUCAAAGAUUAAAUCUAUACAACCACUUUUAUGAUCAAAAAAGUUGUUGUGUCCCAAGUGUCCUAAUUAGAAAGGCAGCUGGCUCUCCUGCAGCUCCCAGGCUUGUGUAGUCAAGUGCAGUGAACUGGGCAGUAAUCAGCUCGGGACCAUUGGCUCUUUCCGCCUCUUUCAGCUGCAGACACAUGCCCUGGCUUUUGCAUUGACCUUGCUUUGUUGGUUCUAGACUAAUUAUAUCCUUUUGUCAGACCCUUUCCCUUUUUUAGGAUACUCACAACAGAGUCCACUUUCAGCUAUUGGAAUACAUUUUACCAUAAAGCCCCCAAGGCUUUCUACCCAUAACACCAACACAAAAAACCAAUUAAGUUGCAGAGAGGGGAAAUAAUCACGAACUUUUGGCAACCUGCUUAAUGCUAGACCCUCUGUUUUCACCGGUUAUUCUGAGUGUCAUAUGCAGAUGCAGAUCCAAGGGAGAUAGGGCUAAAUUGUGGUGUCAAGAAUUCCUCCCACACCCCAAAAAUUCUUUCCAAUAUUUGAUUAUUAAAAUGUCUAUCAUUUCUCCACCUUGUGUCUGUGUCUUAAGUGUCUGUGAAUUGUAAAAGUGCUGCAUGUUUAGUAGUGUUGUGUGCCUGGCAGUGCUGACUAUGACUACUGUGCCAUCUGUCUGUGACCUUGAUGUCAGGUACCUGGCCAUGGGGCUACCAGCAAGGAUGUGCAAAGGAAGAACCGCUGCCCCUGCCCUCAGCUUCCUUAUGCCCGAGCCACUACUUAUCCAUGAAUGUGAGUGCCAAGAGAAACCUAAUUUGGUGGGGAAGCCAAGGAAUGGGAGAACAUUUCUUCUGAUUUGAGUCAAGGCACUAAUUAUUAGACACUCUCAGACAACAAAGCGGUAUUGACCUGAGGUCAAAGGAAGCAGGGACAAUAUUGUAGAUUGCUAGGACACUGGAAAUGAAGAGGCCUUCAGCUUCGCCAGUCUUGAUUCUUGACUUUACAAAUGAGAAAAUGGAGAAACAGGGAGGCUAGGUGAUUUGCCCCAGAUGACAUUGUCAAUUGGUGGAGAAAUUAUGACUCCUCCUCUAGUACUUCUUGGCCUUGCCAGCAUCAAAUGAAGCUGGGCUCACAGGGAAAGUGGUUUUUGGUCUGGGAUCUGCAGAGCACAUAAAAUAAGUUAGAAAGUCUAUAAAAGAGGAAAAAAGGUUCUCCUCUCCCUCCCAAAAAUGACUUCCCAACACAGAACAAUAAAGGAAAUGCUUGUGUGGGUAUGCAACUGUCCACCAGUUAUCACCUACCUUCUCCCUGAGAUGAAAGAAAACACCCUUGGUAAAUCAUGAUUUGAUAAAUAACAAUUAAGUUACUGGUGGUUCAUGCUUGACAGCUGGAAUCUUACCCAAUAAGCUAUUCAUCUUAGUAAAACCUUGUUUUAGUAAUAUAUAUGCAUAAUUUAGAAGUUGAAGGCUGAAAAUUGUUGUGUACUUCUCCAUAUAUAUACAACUUUUAUCGGGGUCCCUUGAGUUAAGAAAUGCCUUCUAUUUUAUAGGUAAUCUCAACAGCAGACUUUGAAAUAUUGUGUUUAGUUCAAUAUGCUAAGAAGAUAUACAAAUAAUAAUAAAUUCAUGAGUCUUCAUGUGCAAAAUGACAAACUGAGCAAUUUUCUGUAUAAUUCUAGAUUCUUAAAACCUUUUUUCCCAUAAUUGUUUGAAUGCACUAGGCACAAGUUUCUGUUUAAGCCUCUGCUUCUCCCUGAAUGUGUAGAACUGUCGUUUUGCUUACAAAGGGGCUGUGUGUUUGUGGCUGGAAGCCCAGAUAGAGCACUCUGGGUGCUGGGGAUUGAGGGCACCUUGGCCAGCUGAUUGACCUGUCUGGACUCUGUGGCCCAAUUAAUCGAGGCCACAGAUCAGUUGGUACUAAGCAUCAAGAUGACUCAUUAUGCCUCUCUCACACUCCGAUUGCUUUGCCA